AAAAGAUGGCAAUGAUUAACCGGGGGGAGGUAAGGGCAGCUGACGUCAUUCGUACACAACCAGCCCACAAAACACAAGCUCCAGGAGGAGGAGAGAGGAGGACAGGCUGCAGCCGGAGCCUUGAGCUGGGGGUCUUUAUGCCUUCAGACUCAGGAUUCAACCUCGCUAAGAUCCAGUUUACCAAUCUGAAAAAUUGGGAAUAGUCUUCCCCACAAACGUGUUGUAAGUCAGAGUGGACUCUGAGAUCCUCAAGUGGAAGGGCUGUGGUGGUGUAGCAGUAACGUCAUGGACUAUAAGAAAGAAGACUCUACCAGCGAGAGAUGAAUAGAUUUGCGUGUGUUUGGAAAAAGUGUGGAUAGCUUCAUGAAGUGUGUGAACGGAAUCCUCAGCAAGCUGCCAGACUGGUCCCCGCUCUCCACCUGACAGGAUGGGUGAGGCCAGGAGAGGCCACCACCGCCUACCCUGUAGGAAUGGUGGUUUUUGACCUGCUUGGAGAAUAUCGAAGACCUCCCUCCCUCCCCUGCCCCACUCCCCCCCAAAGUCGCCUGCCAGUACAAUGAGGGAAGUGGUGUAUUGGUCGCCCAAGAAGGUGACAGACUGGCUGAUGGAGAAUGCUAUGCCAGAAUACUGUGAGCCUCUAGAGCAUUUCACUGGCCAAGACCUGAUUGAUCUAAGUCCAGACGAUUUCAAGAAGCCCCCUUUGUCGCGGGUCGCCUCCGACAACGGGCAGCGGCUGCUGGACAUGAUAGAAACGUUAAAGAUGGAGCACCAUAUCGAGGCGCAUAAAAACGGACAUGCCAAUGGACACCUCAGCAUUGGCACCAACAUCCCCGCCAGUGACGGUGGCUUCAGCGGUCAGGCGAAACCCAAUGGGAUGCCAAACGGAUUUAGGAAGGAGAUGAUCAAGAUCCCCAUGCCAGAGCCGGAGCGCUCCCAAUACCCUAUGGAGUGGGGGAAGACCCUUCUGGCUUUCCUUUAUGCACUUUGCUGCUUCGUCCUCACCACAGUGAUGAUCUCGGUCGUCCAUGAACGGGUGCCUCCCAAGGAGGUGCAGCCUCCCCUUCCGGACACGUUUUUUGACCAUUUUAACCGGGUGCAGUGGGCCUUUUCUAUUUGUGAAAUUAAUGGCAUGAUCCUCGUAGGACUCUGGUUAAUGCAGUGGCUGCUCUUAAAAUACAAGUCUAUUAUUAGCAGAAGAUUUUUCAGCAUAGUUGGCACGCUCUACCUAUAUCGGUGUAUUACAAUGUAUGUAACUACACUCCCAGUACCCGGCAUGCAUUUCAACUGUUCUCCAAAGCUAUUUGGAGACUGGGAGGCCCAGCUGAGGAGGAUAAUGAAGAUGAUUGCUGGAGGGGGUCUGUCUAUCACGGGGUCCCACAAUAUGUGUGGGGACUAUCUCUACAGUGGUCACACCGUCAUGUUAACCCUGACCUACUUAUUUAUCAAAGAGUAUUCACCUCGGAGACUCUGGUGGUAUCACUGGAUUUGUUGGAUUCUCAGCGUGGUUGGAAUCUUCUGUAUCCUCCUAGCUCAUGACCACUACACUGUGGACGUGGUGGUGGCUUAUUACAUCACUACAAGACUCUUCUGGUGGUAUCACACGAUGGCCAAUCAGCAAGUGCUAAAAGACGCCUCCCAAACGAACCUCCUGGCCAGGGUAUGGUGGUACAGGCCCUUUCGGUACUUUGAGAAGAACGUCCAGGGCAUCGUACCUCGCUCGUACCACUGGCCGUUCCCCUGGCCCGCCGUCCACCUCAGUAGGCAGGUUUGGGAUUUUCAUGACCCCAUGGCCACGCUCCUUUGGAUGUGAGGCGACAGAAUAAACGUGAGCUUUUGUAAAUCAUAAGUUCUGGUCUUUCCAGUCGUGUCUGGGAAUAAAGCAUAUUAUUUUCUUGGGAAAACAUACUUUUCAUAUCUCUUGCCCCGAAGAUUGGGCUGUAAGCCAUUUUCUAGCAAAUGUCUAUAUGAAGGUGUUUCUAAGUACCUGAAUGGGAUUCAAUUCAGAAAUCUUUCUACCUAUUGCAUCAAUGUUGAAAUAAAAUGAUAGACACAGAAAGGUUUGGUAACUUUUGAUUUUGUAAAAUCAAAUAGUGACAGUGUCAAAAAGUGCAAAAAAAAAUAUAUAUAUAUAUAUAUUCUGUUGUAAAGUGAUUUUUCUAAGUAUUUCCUAACUUUAUUUUUCAAAAUGAUGUGUAUGAAUCAAAAUUUAAAGAUUUUUAUGAGUCAGAGAGGAGAGGUAAAAUAAAAAGUGCUUCUCGGGAGAGAGAUUUGUCUAUGUUUCUAGUGCCUUUCUCGUCUUGAUUGUAUGGUCUGUAGGCGUCUUCAAUGUCUUUAUUUAAAACACAGUAUUCCAGGAAAAGAGCAUUCUAUGUAUACAUGACUGCAUUUUGCAUUUAUAGCUCAAACCAGAAAUUUGCUUACCAUAUUAAAGUUGUGAUGACUUAAGGGAAGAGGGAACCAAAUAGAGAGAAGAGAUUGAGUCUUUUCAUCCCUUUAGCCAGGUGACAAUGACAUGCUCUCUUUCAGUGAUCUUUGUGGCCGGUUUGGGAUCUGGAUUUUAACUCUACCAUGAAAACAGCCAUCAGUACCCUUUUAAAUUUUUUUUUAUUUUGGUAAAUGAUCACUUAAAACUCGAUAGCGCUGAAAAAAUUAUCCAUAGUCAUGACUGUUUUGUUGGCAAAUGACAAGAAAAAAAUCUAUUUCUUUAAAAAUAUAUUUCUGCAAAAACUGCAUGGGACUCUAAGUUUCACUCCUACCAUACAUGUGUUUGGGGAAGAAUUCUAAACCUAUAUUUGCCAAUGGGCGGGACAAAAUAGUUUUUUAAGAAUGAAGAAAUAUAUAUAAAGAGAUAUAUAUAUAUAUAUACAUAUGUAUGUAUAUAUAUAUAUCCAUUCUGUAUUUUAUGUGCCGCAGAGUUAUCUUCUGUAGGGGUUUUUGUGUAUUCACAAGGUGAUAUUUGUAUUGUAAAACAAUAAUGGUGAAGGAAAAUAAAAAGGCUUUUAAAAAAUGA